AGCUGGCUCUGGGCAGAGCAGUUCUGUUCCUGGGACCAAGGCAGGUGGCUUUGGAGUUCUCUCUGGGACAAGCACCGAGAAUUCCGAGGGAAGCCAUAGAAAAAUGAGUUUACCAUGGCUGAGUCAUUAAGUGAAGUGUCCAGCAGCAUGGAAGGUUUGGAAGAUGAGGGAAAGAAGAAAUUCAAGUUUAAAGCCUUUAAGAGCCUUUUUGGCAAGAAGAAGAAGAAAGAGCCAGAAGAUGUCCAGGAAGGGAGAGUGACAAAGCCAAGUUUUUCCAGUAGCAGUCUGAAGCCAGUUAUGGAAAUCAAAGUGCACACGCCUAAGAGUAGCAUGGGAGCCAAGUCCAUAUCCCAUGAUAGUGUCUUCUGUUUGGAAUCUGAGCCUGAAAAAUUGGCAAACAAACUGCUCUUGCCUCCAGGGCCCCAGAGAAGCAGACCACAGGAGAGAUUUCCUAUUUCCAGAACUCUGCCUAGAGUGACAGGAACUGAUGUCCUUGGAGCUCUGAGUAGAUCUGUGGGCCACUGUGAUCCUAGAAGUGAACUCUGGGUGUCAGGCUCCAAGGUUGCUGAGAUCCCACCACUGCAGUCACAGAGACCCAGUAUCAGUUCCAGUGCUACCCAAGCUAAGAAAGACUUUAAGGACUUGGAAAUAGACUUUGCCAGUGACAAGAUAUCCAAGGGCUCCCCAAAGAAGUUUUCAGCACAACAUUCAGCGACAUGGAGCAAGGCCAAAGCAAAGCAGGAAGAACAGCAUGCUUCACUGGCAACUAAAGAAAAGGUCACAACCAAGACAAAACACGCAGACCGGAAGGACCACAAAAGGGACAGCACAGGGCCUUCGAUCCAGGAGCAGAGCUAUAACCCUGACUCUCAGGAGAAGAAGAAGACAAGAAAUCAGUCUCUAAGUACUGAUGCUGCCUCGAGCACAGGCCAUUCGGCUUCAGAAUCCCAUCCAAAAAGACGCAGAAGAAGAGUCAAAAACGAGUUGUGUUUCGUAGAGAAAAGCCCUCUAAAAUCCACGAAAGAACAUGGGAAAGCUGGCUCCUCACCUACUGAAGAGUUGCCUGGUAGGGAGCACUCUUUCUUGAAGCUUUAUCUGGAGAAGCAAAACACAGAGCAGAACCCAACUGCAGAGGCAGCAGUUACUACUCAGAAGAUGCCUUCAGAUAAAGGGAAUGUGAAGGGGGAAACGACUGCCAUAGACGUGGAAGCCCAAAGAACACCAGCACCACAGCCUACACCUACACAUGUGGCAGAAUUCACAGUCAACAGUCCACCACUCAGCCGUGAAGAAGGGGUUUCUGAAGGCAAGAAGAAAAAGGAGAAAGCCAGUUUGGUGUCACGGAUAAGAGGACCAUCCACAAGCCAAGAAGAGGCCACUGUCUUGAAGACAGCAGAGGCCCAAGCGUGUACGCCUCCUUCUCAAGUCCAUGGAGAAGAGGAAGAAGCAUCCAGCCUUGAUUUGCAAAAGUUUCUGCCAAGAAAGGAAUUAUCCUUGGAGAGCACAACUUACCACAAAGGAAGGCAUCCCAGAGGUGGCCUUCGGGCCUUUUCAGCAAGUGUUUCAAGCACUACCGCAGAGGAUGUUUCUAUGCCCAUGUCGCCUCUUCCCCUCAGGAGGUGGCCAAAUGCAGAGGAAAUCUCCUCUGAUUCAUACAGUAGUUCAGAGUAUGAGAGUAGUUCUGAAGUGCAACUGGGCUCCGCACAUUCUUUCCAGCUCCUGUGGAACCCUCAAGAUGAUGAUGUCUUCCUCAAAGCAGGAAAUGCAGAUGCUGAACUGAGCAAGAUGGCGUGGCAGCAGUCUCUCAGCUAUUCCUCCCAAUCUUUAGGAAAACUCAAAGCUAGAGAACUCUCCUCAGACUCAGACAGUUCCUCAGGUGAUCAGAGAAGCUGCGAGAUGACAUCUGCCCAGUCCUUCCAGUCCUUGGACGAGUUUGAAGGAUGCUCAGAAUCAGCAAGUUUUAUCAUCGAUUCUGCCUCUGAAGAGAAGUUGACUCCUGGGAGAUAUUCCCAGGCCUUGCUGGAGUCUGAAGAAAAUGAAGUCUCCACAGAGUCAAGCAGUUACUUUGAGAAGUAUCACAGUUCUGAGGAUAUGAGCAGCUCGGAGGAAGAGCACCCUCCUGAACCUUCCAAGCAGGCCCUGGCUCAGUCCAGAGACCAGCAAGAAGUGACCCCAGUUUCGAGGAGUACGCCAAAAGAGUCGAGUGGUUCUGCCAAGCCAGUGCACCCUGUACACACUUCUCCACCCAUUGUGAGCCCUAGUACUCAGCAGCAACCCCCCAUUUUGGGGAACGUUUCUGGAGCACAAAGCAGACCCGUGGAGUCACUACCUCCCAGCCAUACUGUCAGGUCAUGGAUGAGCCCUCAGUCUGAGCAUCAAGCAUUUGCAGAGGUCACUGCUGCUGACUGGGGCAUUUUUAUGCAGCCACCAUCCCCUAGAAGGGCUUUGAAGCACCCAGUGAGGCACACGGUUGAGCAAAAUGUCCCCACAAGUACAGACGUCUCAACCAUGGGAGAGGUGGCUUCUGUGGAGACUCUGCCUCGCAGACACCACUCUCAGCCCCCAGUCAGACCAGUACUUGAGCAAGAUAUUUCUGUAGGCCCAGAGCUUGGCGUUUUUGAAGAAUCUGUUGCUGCACAGUCUCCCAGAUACCCUUCUCAGCCUUCAGUGGGGCCAAACAUCAAAAAAGAAGCUUCACUGGGUGCUGAAAGUGCUGCAUUUGAGGGAAGCCAUUUUAUGGAGUUCCUGCCUCCUCAGCAUCCUUCUCAACCCCUGUUGAAACCCUUCACCCAGCACCAGGCUUUUGAAAGAGGUGUUUCUGUGGAUUCAAGGCUUCUGGUACAAUCUUCCCAGCCAUGGAUGAAGCCUCAAGGGAAGCAACCAUUUUCAGGUUCAGAGAGCACAGCUUUAGAAGGGAACUCAUCUAUGGAGCAUGUGCCCCCUCCUCUUUCCCAGCCUAUGAAGCAGCCUUAUCAAAAUGUGCAUUUCGAAUCUGAGACUGUCGCCACUAAGAUCAUUACCAUGGGCCCACAGCACACCAAAUAUUCUACUCAUUCCUUACUAACCCCUCAAAGUCAACCAGUCUCAGAAAGUACCUCAGUAGAAGGUGCCUCUUUGGUGGAGCUACUGCCUCCUCAACCCUCAGUAAAGCCCAAAUUCCAGUCACAGAUGACCCGAGAUCCAGUGAGUGCUUCCACUCAAGGGGGCAGCCCUAUGGAGUCAGCACCUGCUCAACAUACCUUCCAAACACAGCCUUUCCCUAAAUUUAAGCAAGUGCCUACAGGUUCAGAUGGUCCUGAGGCCCAAGGGAUCAUGCCUAUACAGCCAGGGUCUUCCAGAAGCCCUUCCCAGCUAUGGUUGAAUCCUACCUUUGAGCAAAUAUCUGUACUCCCUGGCAAUAUCCCUGCUUCAUGGGCCAUUCCUGUUUAUCCACCAGCUCCCAGAAUGCCUUCUCAGCCCUUGAUGGGAUCAGUAGUCCGACAGUCAGCCUCCACAGGAUCCGUGAACACAUCUAUACAACAAGUCGCUGUGGAGCCAUUGGCUCCUAGAAACCCUUUGCAGCCAUGGCCAACUUGUCCAUUUGAACAAAUCUCUGCACCCCCAGACCAGGCUGCAAAAGCAGCAUGGAGCAUUCCGGUUGAUCCACAAGCUCCCAGAGUGCUUUCUCAGCUCUUGGUGGAAUCAGUAGUCCAACAGCCAAUCUCCACGGAGUUAGUGGGUACUUCUGUGCCCCAGAGCAGCUCUGUGGAGCUCCUGCCUUCUAGAUUCUCUUUCCAGUCAAGAGUAGACCCGGAGACUUAUGUAGCAGAUGAAGGAGUUUCUGCAAUUGUGAAGCCUGGAAGGCAUCAUUCUCAACCCCCAAGAAGCACAGAAUUCAAGGAAGAAGUUUCCUCAGAUUCAUUGGGAGCUUCUGGAGAAUGGGGCAUUCCUAUCGAGCCAAAGCCUUCGAAAUAUGCUCCUCAUCCAUGGUUGGGCCCUGAGUCUGAGCGCCAAGCCUCAAGUCUAGAAGGUUUUGCCAAAGAGGGGGACGUUUAUAAGGAGGCAUGGAUUCCCAGAAAUCCUUCCCAAAGCAUUACAAAACAGCAAGUCCAGAAAACACCCUCAAGGUGUGAGAGUCCCUCUUUUGAAGGAGACAUUCCCUGGAAGCCACCACCUCCCAAAGCUACUACCCAGUUCUUAAUGAGUUCGAAAGUUAAGGACAUGUCCUCCAGUCUAGAGAGUGCUGAUGAUCAAGACAGCUCUAAGAAACAACAGGGUAGAGGUGCCCCUUCCCAGUCCUUUGUGAAAUUUAUGACAGAUCAAAUCUUUGUCGAGAGUACUGCUGGGGAGACAGCCAUUUAUGGAAAGCCUGUGCUUCAGAAUCGAAGCCGUCCUCCCAGAUCUUUGUUGAAGCCUAAGCUGGAGGAGCAAGCCUUCUUAUGUAACUGGGAUGAGGAACCUCAGGAAGACACCACUUUGAAGAAGCUGCCCCUGAAGCAGCCUCCGCAGUCGCCCAGAAGACCGAGGUCACAGGAAGUUCUGUCAUAUUCGAAGGGCGCCCCUCUGAGGUGGAGCAGCUCCGCAGUAGACAGCACUCAGCCCCUGGGAAAGCUUGAUCACCGGCAGAAAGUCUCCAUUUCUGUCAGUUUUCCAGAAGAGCGGAAGAGGUUUGAAGGACAGCUGCCUUCCACACAGCCUUCUCAAGGCUUCGAUGUUGCUAGGUCGCAGGCACCGGUUUUAUCAACAGCUUAUGCAAAUGUUCCCGUGGAGUGGCACAGUCCUGAGGGGCGGCGGCCUCCCAGCCUGCCUGCUCAGGCUUCAGUGAUCGCUGACUCUCAGCAACAAGCUUACGUAGGUUCUGCCAGUGCUGCCACUGAAGGAAUCAUUUCUAGGAAGAAUACUGGCAGCUGGUCCAUGCCAAAAGGCCCAGAUUCUACAAAGAAAGCCAUGAAAGACACACAAGGCUAUGGGGACUUCAUUAAAAGCACCCCAACUUCUGUUACCAAACCUGGCAAGUUCAUUUCGGUUCCUGCCCAGAAAGCAUUUGCUUCAACUGGCACUUACUCUACGGAGGAAGUUCCUCAGCGUCGUGAUGAAAAAAAGCGUUCUUCGUUUCUCUCCACCAGCAAGUCUGAUGUCGAAAAUGUUUUCGGAGUGCGACUGCGGAAAAUCUCCCAGAGGAGUGGGCUCCCAGAGCCCAUUGCGCCAGUUGUCCCAGCAGGCAAAGAACAGAUGAACAAAGGAACUCCCCAGGGCUCCAGUGGAGGCCAAGAGAAGUCCAGCCAAGCAUUUAGCUGUGCACAAAAGCAAGGAAACAGGCCCAGACAUGAAGGCUCUUUCAAGAAACUACCAGUUUUCAGACCCCCAGAAAUGAUCUCUAGUUUGAAGUCAGAUUACACUACAGAACCAUCUUGGAUCAGUGUGGCAAAACAGAGACAAAAGGGCUUUGCCUCCCACUUUUCUAAAAAACCCAGGACCAGAGCUGAAAUUAGGACUGAGACCAAGGAGCAAAAGUAUGAGUCAAAAUAUAAUCCAGAUGUGGAGACUCCACCAAAGGAACCCGAACCCACAACUGAUAUCCCCCCGAGAAUGACUUUUUCUUCUACUGUUCCCAGAGAGGAGAUGUCAAGGCUGUCUAAGUCUACAAAAUCAGUUGCGUUUGAGGAUCAGUACAAGCUUCAUCCAUAUACCAGGGAGAGAGACACCAGACGCUCUUCAAGUGUGCCACCCAAAAUUUCAUCACCCAAGGAGCCUGUGUGGUUCUCAAUGGCCAAGAAGAAAGCCCAAGCAUGGAGUCAAAUGUCAGACAUCAUGCAAUAAAUAGCUCCUGGCUGGAGCCUCAGAAUUUUCAGUAGCGAUUGCCAGUCGCUGCGGUAAUUCCAUACAACAGCUUUUCUAGGGCUAGUUUUUAUUAAGGAAAAUAACUUUAGAAGUAGCAAUUAACGUUUUUAAUUGUUCGAGUGAAAUACAUCCUACUAAUAUCUAACCCUCAGAAAGUCACUACCAAUAUCCCCAAACCCAGCAUGUUCUCCAGAAAAGUUAGGCUAGAGAGUUACAAAAUCAUUAACUUCAGACAUUGUGUCUUAGAAGAAAGAAAACAACCACAUUUUGCUUCAGCAAAUUAAAGGCUGUCAUUCCUUUCAACCAAAGAAUUUUAAUGGAAAGAUUCAGGUGAUUUAGCCCAGAUAAUGGAUGUACUUUCAACCAGGAAGAUGGCAAGUUCACUAGCUAGACUGUGUCUGGGUCCUCUGGAGAGCAUCCUUCCUCUCUGGCUCCAGGCUGAAGGCAAAGAACUGUGUGUAACUCAACGUCUUAGUUCCUUUCCUGUUGCUGUAGUACAUUCUCUGCUAAGACCAACCUAAGGAAGAAAGGGCUUAUUUUGGCAUAGAGUUUGAGUGCACAGCCCACCAUAGCAUGGAAUUCCUGGCAGCAGAAACUUGAGGAAGUUGGUCACAUUUUUUAGUCAAGAAAUAGAGAGCAAUGAAUUUCUGUGUUCAACUUCCUUUCUCUUUUUAUAUUUUUUAGUCCAGGAUCCAAGCCUAGGGAAUGGUGUCAUCUAUGGCAGAUGGGUUUUCUCCACCUUAAUUAACCUUUCCAUUGUCAAAUUCUACACAUUUAUUCUAUCUCUCAAGUCCAACAAACAUUAUGAGAAAUCUGCAUUUAGAAGCCUUAACAGUAAAUCUAGCUCCUUUUUCCUAGAUCCAAAGGACAUCUACUUCUGUCGUAUGCUUGCUGUGCUUAAACAGACAUGCAUUUUGAACAUCUAUGUUGGAUGCUUCCCCAUUCAAAACUAUGUCUAGAAAGGCAAUGAGAGUCUAAGGCUAACUUAAAUAACUGGUGCUGGGUUUUGCUGAUGAUGCUAUAAUGACACACUGUACAACAUGCUGAAUUUUUUCAUUUAAUCUGUAAGACAUCUCCUUAUUUUGAUCCUCUAGCUUUGCCCUUUUGAUAAUGUUAAGUUUUUCGUUGACUGGGUUUCAUUCCAUUUUUGUUUCUAUGGUGAAUAGUUUAUUUAAACUAAUGCUCUUAACAUAGAUAAUUGCAGUAUGUUAGUUCUAACACUUCCCUUCUGCAGUUUUGCCCAUGCAGUCAUUGCGUCAUUCUCACUAUGAGAACUCCCCAUUAAUGAUAUCUCUCCCAUUACUAACAAGUCUCAGUUUUUAAUCAUAAUCUUAAGGUUUUUCAUUGCCUAGAAAUGUAUUCUGAUGGGUUUGUUUCUUUUAGCUUUCUUGUUUUUUGGUUUUGAUUAGCACAAAGCAAAUAAAUUCAAUAAAGCUUA